AUUUAGAAUGCUCACAUGUUGAGAUACUUUGGUUUUCACUGGAGAGCAACAACAAAUUCCGCUUAAAAAUCGGACCCGCGUUAUCUUUUUUCCAAAUAUACCGACAAGCGUACUCACAAUCCUCUGGUUGAGAAAUACCUCCGACCAAAGCAAGCGGAAACAAAAGUCAAAUCAAAUUUGUUUACGGGACGGACACAAAGAGAACACAAACCUGACCCUGUGGCCAUGAAUCUAGCUGCUGAUUAAAAUGUCGAGCUGGUAGCGCGUCGCGUCCAAAAGGCGGCAGUGCAAGAAUGCUGCUGAUAUUUGGACUGCUCGCUAAUAUUUGUCGAGUGCAUCGUGUGACGAGCAAACGGCCCGCAGGACAGCUGAUGGACUGCAAAUGAGCGCCUGGAGUGCGCCGCGAUAAACAAAUCUCAUCUCACUGUUCUGUGAUGAUCAUAAGAGCGUUGUGAAAGAGCGUAUUUUAUGCCCUGUUGAACACCCUCAAUAGAGGUGGAUGAGUGUGUGUGUGUGUGUGUGUGUAUCUCAGGUUUUCUGUCAGCAGGUCGUAGGCUGCUCCUGGGAGCCCCUCCAACCCAAUGAUUAAUGUCUCUCCCUGCCUGUACAUGCUACCGCCAUGCAUGUGUGUGUGUGUGUGUGUACAUGUGGAAGAGAGAGACAGAUGGCUCGCCCCAUCCUGUGGUUUAUGACACCUUCUACAGCUCGCUAGCCACACUAUACCACGUUUUCUUCUCUCACACCGGCCUGCCCCCACACACACACACACACACACGGAGCAGUAUGUCAUGCAUCAGUGUCGCCGCAGUAAUUACAGGCUUAUCACGUAGCAGUAAUCUUGAGCCCCAGUGACGUGAUAACAGCCAGCUCCAUUGUCCCCGGUGUACACUCACAGUGGUCGUGAGCUAAAACCAGGAGCCCACAUGACUCCCACGGCUCGCUGACUUCGAAGAAGUUGUCGUCGUUUCAACGGGGCGAUCCAAACGCCGAUUGGCAACGGACUCGACAUUUAGCACCGAUAGGAGCAGUGACGACAGCACAGCAGCCAAAUGGGUUCUGACGGCGUCUGGUAAAUGAGCUUUCUCCCACACACGGUGACAGCUAAACAACAAAUGACUCUCUGGUUUUUGAAAUCAUUUCGAUUCUUGGCCCCGUGAACCAUGUGGAGGUGGGAAGCUAAGAAGCCAAUACCCACGGCGGAGACGGAAGAAAUUGAUUUGGUUGACUGUUUUAUUUUCUCUAUCACCCCGAUUCCAGAGGUCCUUAAAUCCAAAAUGACGUACAGGAGAGACAGGAGUAUACGAGAGGUGUAUGAUGAUCGCUUUUUGGCAGAAAGACCGGGUCCUUACCCACGGGCAGCUGGGGCACCAGAGAGAAGGGGCCCCUUUGGCAGGCCGGAAGAGGACUAUGGCCGUGGCGGGUACGAAUACGAAGGAGGUCCACGCUUUUUUCCAAAUGGAGGAGGCCAACGAAAUUAUCAUGAAGAGCAGAGGGGCUACCAUGGGGACAACGUUCACUUCUCUGCUGAACGCAGAGCUGUUCCACCUGCAAGGAGGGAGGACUACCCUUACAGAGGGCCCAGGGAGGACCCGCACCCAGGACGGCCUUUGGAGUUUGGCGCGCGAGCGCCGCCGCCGCCACCGCCUCCUCACAACGUGCGAAACCAGGGCGUCUACCCAGCAGCCCGAUCACUCCCGGAGAGCGGGGAAGACACACUAGUGCAAGCCAUCCUCAACCUGGACAAAGGGGAGGACAGAGACCCCUUCAGGAGAAAGGUGGCCCCGUUCCCUCCACCCAGGGAGCGCUCGCCUGCGCGCCGCGAGAUGGCCUGUUCCCCCCAGAGUCGCUCCGGCUCCAGCGUCAGCAGCAGGGGCUACUCGCCAGACCGAGCCAAGAGCCUGCCGGUUCCCUCGCAGCAGGACAAGAAUGUGGACGGUCCAGAGGUGGUGUCUGAGCACCAUUGGGGGGCGCACUAUUCCCAACAGAGUGGACAUGAAACUUUGGACAAAAUUCCCGGCCUGUCAAGAGAAGGGUCCCCACACAGCGCGACCUCGAACAAGGAGGAGCACCAUCCUCCAGAAGCAGAAACAGAGGAGCCCCCGGUGGUUCCAGUCGUCGAGGAGAGCCAAAAGUCGUCUCCGGACAACUUUCAAGAGCGACGGGCCCUCGCCAUCGCAGCCAAAGCUCAGGAGAUAGAGAAGGUGUACCAGCAGGACUGCGAGACAUUCGGCAUGGUGGUAAAGAUGUUGGUGGCCAAAGACCCCAACCUGGAGAAGCAGCUGCAGGUUCCCCUCAGGGAGAACCUCGGGGAGAUCCGCGAUCGUUGCCUGGAGGACCUGAAACACUUCAUCAACGAGCUGGACGAGGUGGUCCGGCAGUCGGAGCCUUCCGUUUGUGACUCGACCACCUCGUCAACAGCACUGACGGGUCAUAAACUCUCAAAGACGGGAGUCAAUCACAGCUCGUCUUACUGACACAUCGGCCAUCGGCUCGUCGUGCGACAGAGCGUGGGAGGAUUGACUGGUGAACAUUACGGAUAUUUUGAAUACAUGUUUGCUGGACUUGGAAAGGAUUCUACGGCAACCUGAAGAACAACUCUGAAUGGAAUUUAUGCAGUUUUGCAUUGUGGGGAUGAACAGUGUUAGUUUUGGACGGACUAUGUUUUCUACCAUACUUUUCUGUUGAAAGAUGGAGAUUAUGUAACGUUAAGUUGUUCCACUGUCAAAUAAGUCUCGCAUCACAUGGAAAUGGUUAACAUAGUUUUUUUGUUAUUUAAACAAUUGAUGAAAGUAUGUUGUUGAGAAUAUCGACAGUCGGGCCUGCAGCAAGAACCCACUUUUCUAAAAGAAAAGCCUGAUGAGACUGUUUUUGUUUUGUAAUAUUUUCAGUUAUGUACAUUUUGUAUCAGUCAUAUGUAUGACUUGGUGCUGCUAAAUUUACAGUUCUACAUUCUUGUAUAAAUUUGUACUCUGGAAAUGCCA